CCGCCCCGCAGGGCCGCGGCAUGGGACGGGUGCAGCUCUUCGAGGUCCGCCUGAGCCACGGCCGCGUCGUCUACAGCCCGGGGGAGCCGCUGGCGGGGGCCGUGCGCGUGCGUCUGGCGGCGCCGCUGCCCUUCCGAGGGCCGUCCAGACUCGGGGCGCGGGCUUCGAGCCUGUCUACUUCGCCGAAGGCCACUCUGACCUGGACCCGCGACGCUUCUGACCUUCUCUGUCGGGUCUCCGGUCCGCCGCGCCCUGCAGCUGCUGGGCCCUCACCUGGAGCCCGGCCCGCGCUGGGCUUUCUCUCCCAUACACCCAGGCAGCCCCGCCGAGUGUGCGGGUCCCCGGGGGCGGGCUGCAGGGCACUGCUUACACCCAGCCCGAGGCUAGUCCCUAAGGGCUGGGAGGAUCUUGAUAAUCCCUGCGUGCCGUAGGCCGCCGUAGCGGGCAUCUGGGAGCCGAACCUGAGCCCUCCUGGCCAGUCCCUCUGCUGGCGCAGAUAUCUGGGACUUUGAGACCGGGGAUCCGGUUGCUGCGGCGCCCCUAGCUAGGGCUCCCUGCCGGCGCUGGCCUCGUCUGUCUGCUGCCUGAGCUAUCCGGGUGACCUGCACGGGGUCCUGCAAGGUCUCCAGCAAGGCCAAUGACACAGCGUGGGUGGUGGAGGAGGGCUACUUCAACAGCGCUCUGUCCCUGGCCGACAAGGGGAGCCUGCCUGCUGGAGAGCACAGCUUCCCCUUCCAGUUCCUGCUUCCUGGAUCACCAGUGCAGCCGCGUGUUCUACAUCUUGAGCCCCCUGAACCUGAAUAGCAUCCCAGACAUCGAGCAACCCAAUGUGGCCUCCACCACCAAGAAGUUCUCCUACAAGCUGGUGAAGACAGGCAGCGUAGUCCUCACCGCCAGCACCGACCUCCGAGGCUACGUGGUGGGGCAGGUGCUGCGGCUGCAGGCUGACAUUGAGAACCAGUCAGGCAAGGACACCAGCCCUGUGGUGGCCAGUCUGCUGCAGAAAGUGUCCUACAAGGCCAAGCGCUGGAUUUAUGACGUGCGGACCAUCGCCGAGGUGGAGGGCGCCGGCGUCAAGGCCUGGAGGCGGGCUCAGUGGCAAGAGCAGAUCCUGGUGCCUGCCCUGCCCCAGUCCGCCCUGCCGGGCUGCAGCCUCAUCCAUGUGGACUACUACCUGCAGGUCUCCCUGAAGACGCCGGAAGCCAUCGUGACCCUCCCGGUCUUCAUCGGCAACAUCGCUGUGAACCACGUCCCACUGAGCCCCCGGCCAGGCCAAGGCCUGGUGGUGCCCUCAGCGCCACCCCAGGAGGAGGCGGAGGCUGUGGCUGGUGGCCCCCACUUCUUCUCGGACCCUGUCUCCCUCUCCACCAAGAGCCACUCACAGCAGCAGCAGCCGCCUGCAGCCCUCGGCUCUGUGCCUGGCGCCCCUGAACCCCAUCCUCAGGAUGGUAGCCCUGCCCCCCACCCGUUGCCCCCUCCCUUGUGCAUCUCCACAGGUGCCACCGUGCCCUACUUUGCAGAGGGUUCUGGAGGGCCGGUGCCCACGACCAGUACCUUGAUCCUCCCGCCUGAGUAUAGCUCGUGGGGCUACCCCUAUGGUGAGUGGGGGCCUGGGGCCUGGCAGGGAGGGGGAGCCACGGGCCCCAUGCAGACCUGGCUCUCUCCCUGCAGAGGCCCCGCCAUCCUAUGAGCAGAGCUGUGGCGGUGUGGACCCUGGCCUAACCCCAGGGAGCUGACCCCAUGUCGCCUUCUCCGGACGGGCGGACCUACGCCCUGGGACUAGGUUCCCAGGGCCUCGUGCCUUCGCUCCCGGCCUGGCCCGGCCCACUCAGGACCCGCCGCUGCCCGCCGUUCCCUGCGGCCUCUGCCUCCGGACCAGCUUCUGCCCCGACCAGCCUCCGCAGCCCCCCUGUAGUCGGCCUCUCCCCGGGGGUUGGGGCCUAGAGAGACUUGGUGUAAAUAAAAAGCUUCAUUUGUA